GGUGAUUGUUACCUUGACAGGUAAUAGUGGAGAAACAGGAAGUAGCCUCAUUUGUUAGCGAGCACAAACCGACACGGAUCCUUUUUUCAGCAUAAACAUGAAGGCAAAGGGAAAAUACUUUGACCUGCCUGACUGAAGACAUGAGACAACCGUUGCUCCUUAUCAGUCUGUCGCUGGCAGUCCUCCUCUCUGCCAAUGUGCUGGCUCAGGGCCCGGUGCAGAUCCAGUUCCUGACAGACCCGGUGCUGGUCCAAACUGGUACUGAGAUAGUGUUCACGGUGCUGACAGUGCCCCAGGUUUUUUCCAUGCAAUGGCAGUACCAAGGAGGAGUCACUGUGGGUACUUGGACCGGAGGAGUCCCAUUUGUUAACCCAGGGACCCAGUUCCAGGGCAGGGUCACCAUCGCGGCCACCCAGCUCCGAAUCGGAGGCGCCCAGCUCCGAGAUGCAGGGAACUACACGGUGGUGGUGACCCCCACUGCUACAACAGGCCUGGCCACUAACUCCAGAUCGAUACAGCUGAGCGUGUUUGAUGCUGUGACCGGGGUGAGUCUGUUUGUUCCCUCAGUGGCGGUGGAAGGGAAGAAUGUGUCUCUGAUGUGUACGUGGACUGCUGGGACAGAUAUUACAGUCCAGUGGGGCAAAGGAGGCGCAGCCAUCAUUGCCGACUCCAGGAUCACCAUCACAGGUGGCUCUCUGGUCAUCAACCCAGCCAUACGGGGUGAUACCGGGGCGUACACAUGUACCGUCAGCAACCCUGUCAGCGCCCAAACCGCCACACAGAGCCUCACUGUCUACUAUGGCCCUGACACCCCAGUGCUGACCAUGGAGACCGCGAAAAACUGUGUUGGGGGAGGGAAUGUGUUGGUGGGACAGACGGUGCAACUCACCUGCAUGUCUGACUCGCUGCCCCCUGCCCUCUUCUCGUGGCAAUAUGACGGACAGUCGGUCGCGUCCGGCCAGCCGGGCAGCGGGGUGCUCAGCCUUCAGACUUUCUCAACGAAUCAGAGCGGCCGGUAUGUCUGCACGGCCACAAACGCCAUCACUGGAGGCACGUCGCAGCAAGGGACAAACUUGGCUAUUGUAGCCAUAUGUCUAAAUGUAGGGGAAGUGGUGGGGAUUGUGAUCGGCUGUUUGGUGCUGAUCCUAAUCAUCGUGCUCCUCAUCGUGCUCAUAGUCUGUCUCGAGCGAAGGAGGAGGGCACAACCGAGACAAAAUGAUACUGCUGUGCAUGUGCACAAGACCAACCCAAAUCCCAGGCCUAUACCUCCAGAUCCACAACCUAAUGGUGCAAGGGAUAUGGGCCAAGGUCCCGAUCCUCCCCUUUAUCACUUGAACACAUACACACGCCACCCUGGCCGCUUGUACACAGCCCCGCAUGAAAGCCGUGGCAACCCACAGACACUGCCGCUGCAUAACUCCGACACACACCAACACAAUGGUCGUACCCACACAAAUGGACUCCUACACAAUGCUUCUCAGAACGGCAAUUCAUACCCACACAAUGCUAUUGACAACCCUGCUUUCACGCAGACUGAUGCUCAGAAUGCAAACACACUCCCAAACACACAGCAGCAAAAUCCUAACAUUGUGAUACAGACUGGUGCUGCGCAGGGCGGCGCCCAGCAGCCGGCGGUCCACGUCAGCCUUAACACGCUGCCACAAACUGCCCAGCAAAACAACAAUGCGCAAAUGCCCACCAUUCAUGUCAAUCUUAACUCGUACCCAAUCAACAGCCAACAGGCUCAGCAGGACAGCUCAUUUCCUCUUACUAAUGCUUCACAAACCCAACAAAACUUGGAACAUACAGGGCAAUCACAUCCAAGAAUGCAAAGUGGGCAGUCCUAUCCUAGUGACGUCCGGCCGAGUGGUCACAUAGAAGCAGAUCGCCAUUCAGAUCCGUCUGGACUUAUCCCGACUGGAUACACACACGUUAACAGUAAUAACACCUCUCAGCGAAACGCCAACACACAGACGUACCAACAUGAGCCAGAGCCUCAUCGCAGGUCUGAUAGAAACUCAUGGGACCUCCUCAGAGGGACACCACCGUAUCCCAGCGGCACGCUUCAAAGAGGACAGACAUCAUCUGAGUACACCUCUGACACUACAGACUACACUUCCUAUCCUCCCAUACGAGAAGGUAGAAGCCCAAACAGAUCCAAUUCUCGACCUCGGAACCAAACCACUUCGCGGAGCAGAGCUUCACCCAGACAAGAUGCACCAUCAGUGGACAGACAGACACAGAGCCGUUCAGCUGAUCUUCGACGCCCAAACACUCGCAGUGUAACACAGCUUGAGGCUGAAAACCACACACAGAGAAGCGGCCACACACAAAGGCAGAGUGCUCAGCGCGACAUCAGAGGUUCGCUUGGUAGCCAGAUUGCCCCCAGGCAGGAAGCCACAGACAGCAAUAACCCCCAGGCACUGACUCUUAUAAUCCAGCAGGCCUCUGUCGGCCGCUCUGCUGUGUCACAAGGACCCACGAGACAACAGGGACUGACUGCACCGCGGGGUGCAGAUUCAAGAGCUUUGGCUGAUCCUAAUCACCUUCCGCAGGCACACAUGGCCCAGCAACACACAGCAGUACCGAUCCAAACACCACCACAAGGCCUGGGCAAACAGACACAACCUGUUAUAAAUGGAGCCAAUCAACCUCGCCAAGGAGGCACUGCUCCAGUCCCGAAAUCUUCUGCCCAGAGUAAUCCCAGUAACCUAACCCAGGAUGCCCUUGCAGCCCACACCGAGAGGGCUCAAACAUUUCAGAAUCGGAAACAACAGACCCAGGCUGCCCUGCUUCACCCUGGUCCACAGGCACGUGUUGGGGAUCAGCACCCACCAAUUCCUCCUCCAGUUAUCCCCCUCACACAGUUCAAGACCCUCCCCAAAAAGCACACCCAGCACAAAUCUCCAACUAGAGGUCCUGAGCCCCCCAGGCCUCCUGUUAACAUACCUGUGGCUCAACGACGCACACAAAUACAACAGCGGCCCACCAACCAUCAUCACCAUCCUGGAAAUGGCCACUUGCAUGUCAGUGCACAGAGACAAGCCCGUGGACACGGGCACCCUGCCCACUUCGCCCACCCACAGCAGGGCUUGUUGUCUUUCCAGCAUCAGGAUCACAGAGGGAGACCAAGAUGAUGACAGAUGUCAGCAGACUACACUUUACAACUGUCCCGCAUCCACAGACACAAACAGUUGACAGACGUGAUCCAAUAUACCACCAAGCAAGACCGACUGCACAAGGUUCUCCUCUCAAAAAAUAGCUGUCAUAACCUGGUAUCUCUGUCCUAAAGUCAGUUUUUUUAUGAAAGGAAUGAACAUGUCUCCCAUUGGCAUGACACAUUUUUUACUUUUUUGAAUUGAAGAAAUAGAAAGAAAUGACAAAUUAUCUCAGAGGAGGCUUGAUUUGCCGUUUUUAAAAAUGUACUGAAUUAAAUAAGCUGCAUGGUACUGAAUGAUUUUUUUAAUGUAAAAUGCUACCCAAUCAACAAUCCCUCCACACACACACACACACACACACACACACACACACACACACACACAUAUGUAUUGCACUGUUUUGACUUCUGAAGCACUGGUCAUGCAUCAAACGUUGCCAAGAGCCUGCUCAGAGUAGACAAGUUCAGUGAUCCAUAGCUCUUGACCAAGCUCACGUCCCCUCAUCCAUUCAUCAUCAAAACUAAACAACACUAUCUUAACAAAAUGCAUUUGAGGUGCUUGCAUGAAUAUCUGUGUCGGAUCUACACUAAUAGUGACAGAGAGUAAAUGAGAAUGGACUUGGCUCAUGGGAGCAGUGACAACUAUGAAAGUAGAAAUUAGACAAGGGGUGCUCUUAAUGUACAUGGAGCUAUUUAUUUUGCACCUUCUGUUUACAGAUGCCUCCUAUGACACUUCUCAAUUAAGGGGAUUCGCCUCAGUGGUGCUCAGAAGUAAUGCUCAGCUAACUAUGAAGGGGAACCCACAAAUGGAUGGGUGCUUUAUUAAUUAAAUGCUUUUAUGAGAAUUAAAUGAUUUGGAAAAUAAUCACACCCGGGCAUGAAUGAGGUCAGCACAAAGACUUGAGCUGCCAUGCUUUCUGAUGAAAAAGCACAAUGUAAUAAUUCCCUGAAAUAUGGGAAGUCAUUAUUACUUUUACAGAUAAUGUAUUUAUUGAUUUAUAAUGUUUGUGGUUUUUUUAAAACUCAGGAAAUACUUGUAAAAAUGGAUUAUUGUUGCGCCAAUUGAUAUUGAUGCUAUUAUUUAUGAAUGAUUGUUCAAUUUAUAUGGAAUUUCAAGGAUAAGGCUCUUGAUAUUCUAUAUGUUAAGUCAACAAAUCCUGAAUGAACUGAUCCAACUCACAAGGGAUAUUUCCUCUGUGCCGUAGAGCUCCAUUGUUGUCUAAUAAAUACACAUCAAUGAGCCACACAGUUGCCCUGGAUGACAUGGUCCAUCAUUACCAUAAACAUGGGCACUGUAGUUUAUUGGAGUCGAUCGCAUAAACGCUAUCCUGCUGCUGUAAAUUCUCACUGGAGCACCAAAUGCGCAUUAAUCCCCAGCUGAAAAUAACAUGUGCACUAUUUACUGCUGUGUGAGUAACAAUUCUUAAAAGCUACAGUGUCCAGCUGUUACAGGAAAUUACACUCCAACAUAUUGAGUCUUGCAACAUAAGUGGGACUUGACAAUAAAAAAACCUUAUACUAUAACAUCAAAAUACAAAAACUCAAUAUCCAAAUUUGAAUUCCAACAUGAACAUCUGGAGCGAGAUUUACUUUACUGCCUUGAAAAAUGGUGCUGUUUUAGGAAAAUGAAUGCUUGUAUAUAGUUGAUGUUGAAUAUUCAUGUUAGAUGCUACAAGCACAGUAUUUAUUUAUUGUGCUUUAUGAAUUGUUCCAAGAUCUUGUUUUGUCAAUGGUAAUAAAGAUGUUUUGUUA